CGCCCUCUUAGCUCCCUCUGGUGGGGAAGCGGGGUUGCAGCGAAAGAUUGUGUUUCCGGUUGAGCUGGAGAUACCGCUUCCCGCGAAGGUGUGGACUCGGCUGCUCUCCUUCCUUCUCCGGGAAGAUGUUCUACCAUAUAUCCCUGGAGCACGAGAUCCUGCUGCACCCGCGCUACUUCGGCCCCAACCUGCUCAACACGGUGAAACAGAAGCUCUUUACGGAGGUAGAGGGGACCUGCACCGGCAAGUAUGGCUUUGUAAUUGCUGUCACCACCAUUGACAAUAUUGGUGCUGGUGUGAUCCAGCCAGGCCGAGGUUUUGUCCUUUAUCCAGUGAAGUACAAGGCCAUUGUUUUCCGGCCCUUUAAGGGGGAAGUCGUGGACGCUGUUGUCACUCAGGUCAACAAGGUUGGACUCUUCACAGAAAUUGGACCUAUGUCCUGCUUCAUCUCUCGACAUUCCAUCCCAUCAGAGAUGGAGUUUGAUCCUAACUCCAACCCACCAUGUUACAAGACAGUGGAUGAGGACAUUGUGAUUCAGCAGGACGAUGAGAUCCGCUUGAAGAUUGUGGGGACCCGUGUGGAUAAGAAUGACAUCUUUGCUAUUGGCUCCCUGAUGGAUGAUUACUUGGGGCUUGUGAGCUGAACACCAGGGCCUCCCUACCUGGUUUGGUCCUUAUCUAGGAGGUGUGACUGUCACACUUCCCAUUUUGUCCGGAGGCCCAGUCUGACUGCUGUAGGGGAGGCAAAGAAGGUUCCUUGUCCCAGACAUCUGGCUUUUCUUGAGGCUUGGCAGCCACUUCCAGAUUUUGACUGUGUGUUCUAACCAUAAAAGGUCCUUGGUUCUCA